AUGUCUGAAUUCAAUACCACAGCCUUUCAGCCUUCUCUCUUCAUCCUCACAGGCCUCCGCGGGCUGGCAGGCUCCCGCUUGUGGCUGGGACCCCUCCUGAGCCUGAUGUACAUCAUUACAAUGGUAGGAAACUGCACAGUGAUACACUUGGUGAGGAAAGAACGGAGUCUGCAGGAGCCCCAGUACCUUUUCUUGUCCAUGUUGGCUUGGGCUGAUAUUGUGCUGUCUGUCUCCACACUUCUCUCCGUGCUCAAGGUCUUUAUCUUUGGUCUCUAUGAAAUCGCAUUUGAUAGUUGCCUCACUCAAAUGUUCUUCAUCCAUACAUCCUCUUCCAUGGGCUCAGGAAUCCUGCUGGCCAUGGCCUUCGACCGCUUUGUGGCCAUCAGCAAGCCCCUGCAGUACACCACCAUACUUACCAGCUCACGGGUCACCAGAAUGGGACUGGCAGCCCUGCUGAGGGCCGUAGCACUCAUGACUCCACUGCCCAUCCUGCUAAAGCGGCUGCCUUUCUGCAAGGGCCGCACACUCUCAUAUUCCUACUGUCUCCACCCAAAUGUCAUGAAGCUAGCCUGCGGACAAGUCAGAAUCAAUAUUUUGUAUGGGUUGGUUUUGGUUCUCUUUUCUUUUGGGUAUAAAAUUCAAAAACUUUUCCAUAUGUUAUCUUAUUUGCUUAUUAUAUUUGGUAAUCUGGACAACUAA